AUGGCACCGUCCAUAACUACCCUUUCGACACAAUACGCACUCGUCAUCGAUGCAGGUUCUUCAGGUUCGAGGUUACAAAUAUAUUCAUGGAGAGAUCCCGAUUUGGAAAGAGCUGAGAUAUUGAAGGAAGUACAAGAGGCUAGAAAGGGAAGAGGAGAAGGGGAUGGAUGGGUGAAAAGGGUUGAACCUGGUAUCUCUUCCAUCUCUCCUGAAGAUAUCCCAUCUUACCUCGCUCCUCUAAUCACUCACGCCCUUGAACAAAUCCCUCCUUCUCAACAUCAUCGUACACCCAUUUAUCUCUACGCAACAGCUGGAAUGCGUUUACUUUCCGAUGACACUCGAUCUGCCAUUCUGACUUCCGCUUGUGAUACAAUCCGAUCUUCUUCCCCUUUCUCCAUUUCUGGACCUUCUUCCGCCGGUCCAUGCGGUGAGAACAUCAGAGUUAUUUCAGGUGAAGAAGAAGGUUUAUGGGGAUGGGUAGCUGUUAAUUAUUUAAUGGAUGAACCUCCACCUGAUUCAUCCGAACAAUACGUAACUCCGGUGGAUAUCAAUCAUCAUUCACCUACAUUCGGUUUCCUCGAUAUGGGUGGUGCUUCAACACAAUUAGCUUUCAGUCCAACUUCUUCUGAAGUUUUCAAUUCAGGAUUUCCAAAAGAACAACUUCGAACUGUUUCUUUAAAACUUUUAUCUGGUGAACAAGUCGAAUGGUCAGUUUUCGUAGCUUCUUGGUUAGGAUUCGGUACGAAUAAAGUUCGAGAAAGAUAUUUAAAUUCUUUAAUCGAAAAUUGGAAAUCAUCAAACGACAUAUUAGAUCUUUCCAUACCUAUUCAAGAUCCAUGUUUACCAUCGAAUUUAUAUAUACCUUCUUCUGAACCUAAUAAAUAUCCUGGGUUUUUAGGAAUAGGUUCUUUUGAAAAUUGUUUAAAAGAUUUAAAACCUUUAUUAGAUCAUCAUGUUCCUUGUCCUACGAAUCAUUGUUUAUUCGCGGGAUUACCAACACCUCAAAUAGAUUUUGAAAGAGAAGAUCAAAGAGGUUUUAUUGGGAUAAGUGAAUAUUGGUAUACCGCUCAACAAGUUUUAGGUUUGGGUGGUAUUUGGGAUUGGGGAGAAUGGGAAAGAGGAAUGAAUGAAUUUUGUUCAAAAGAUUGGAAUAAUAUAGAACGUCAGGUCGAACAGGAGAAAGGGUGGUUGGGGAGUCAGGUCGAACUGUCCCGACUACAAACACAAUGUUUCAAAGGAGCUUGGGUUUCAAAUGUCUUACAUGAAGGUAUCGGUAUCCCUCGUCUUGUCGACGCAAAAGGGACCGAUACAAUCACCGGUGGAUCCAUUGGUGAUACAGCCCUCGAAGCUGCUAGAAGAGCAAGAGAGAAAGGAUUAGCAAGUAAAAAAAGUCAUUUUCAAUCAAUGGAUGAAGUAGAUUCUACAACUAUAAGUUGGACAUUAGGAAAGAUGAUUAUCGAAGCUAGUCAAUCUAUACAACCU